AAAGCAAAUCUGGGAACAAUAGCAGGUGUAUAUUUACCAUGCAUCCAAAACAUCUUUGGAGUCAUCUUUUUCAUUCGUCUGGUGUGGAUCGUCGGAACGGCGGGUGCCAUAGUCGGUUUUAUCACCGUUUUCUUAUGCUGCUGUGUGACAUUUACCACUGUUAUUUCUUUGAGCGCUAUUGCAACGAAUGGCAUAGUACCGGCGGGUGGAUCGUAUUUUAUGAUAUCUCGUUCCCUAGGCCCAGAAUUUGGGGGCGCUGUGGGAAUAUUGUUUUAUCUGGCUACGACGUUAGCGGGUGCCAUGUAUCUAGUUGGAGCCGUUGAAAUAUUUCUCAACUAUAUAGCUCCCCAAAUGUCAUUAUAUGGGGAUUUUCGAGAUGAUAGCGAAAUCAUGUAUCACAAUUUCCGGACGUACGGCACGAUAUUGCUCGUACUGGUGGGCAUCAUGGUGUACAUCGGUGUGGCAUUUGUCAGCAAGCUUGCACCCAUCGCUCUUCUCUGUGUCAUCAUCUCAAUCAUCUGCGUGUACAUCGGAGUUUUUACGAAUUUCAACGGAAAAGACGAUGUAGAAUUUUGCAUGCUGGGCGACAGAAUAUUGAGUUCAACGGGAUAUACUGUAUGCUCUAAAGAAAAUAUCAAUGGUUCUUUAUUUGGAAUAUAUUGCAAAGCCAUGGGAAAUGCUACCUCCACCAAUGCUAAUGACACUAUUUAUGUGUGCGACGAUUAUUUUGAAACUCAUGAUGUGCAAAUUAGAAAAGCUAUACCAGGACUUUCUAGUGGUGUUUUCUGGGAAAAUAUAGCUACGCGAUUUCGCGAUAAAGGUGACCUGAUUACUGAAAGCGAUGACCCUGAGCAUUACCAGCCACGAGGGCAGAACACCCUGAAAGCACUUCUCGUUGAUAUAUCAACUUCUUUCACUCUUUUAGUAGGCAUAUUUUUUCCUUCAUGUACAGGUAUCAUGGCUGGCUCCAAUCGAUCCGGGGACUUAGCUGAUGCUCAGAAAUCAAUCCCAGCAGGAACUCUAGCUGCCCAGCUUACUACUUCUUUUGUGUAUUGUUCUGGUGUAUUUUUAUUUGCUGGUUCUUACGACAAUCUUUUCCUUCGAGACAAAUUUGGCGAGAGUGUAGGGGGAAGCCUAGCAGUAGCCUUACUUGCUUGGCCUCACCCCCUAGUGAUCGUCAUUGGGUCUUUGCUGUCUACGAUUGGUGCAGGCAUUCAAUCUUUAACAGGUGCGCCACGUCUGCUUCAAGCUAUAGCGAGGGAUGGAAUCAUCCCAUUUUUGAAUGUGUUCGAGUUUAGCAAUUCUCGCAAUGAACCUACGAGAGCGCUCUUUCUUACUCUUGCUAUAUGUGAACUUGGCAUUCUUAUCGGAAAUCUUGACCACAUUGCCCCUGUUCUUACUAUGUGUUUCCUUAUGUGUUAUAUGUUUGUAAACCUUGCAUGUACCCUCCAAAGUUUGCUCAAGACCCCCAACUGGAGACCUCGCUUUCGAUGUUACCAUUGGACUGUAUCAUUGUUGGGAGUUCUCCUCUGCUUGGCUGUGAUGUUCAUCAGCAGUUGGCUGUAUGCGUUACUAUCCAUGCUUCUUGCUGGAUUGAUUUACAAAUAUAUCGAAUUCAGAGGGGCUGAAAAGGAAUGGGGUGAUGGUAUACGUGGCUUAGCUCUGUCGGCUGCACGAUACAGUCUUCUUCGAUUAGAGGAAGGUCCACCGCACACCAAAAACUGGAGACCUCAAAUUCUUGUGCUAUGUAAAUUGAACAAUGAGCUUGUGCCUAAGCACAGAAAACUAGUCUCCUUCGCUUCUCAACUUAAAGCUGGCAAGGGCCUUACACUGGUAUCAGCUGUUCUUGAUGGAGAAUUUACGAAGAGAUACAGCGAAGCCCAAGCUGCCAAACUG